AGGGGAGGGGGGGACUGGUUCGGAUUUUAAAUCCAUGUGAAAUUUCGUCUGGAAAAAACGGUCAUGCGGCCGAAACUUACCAUGGCUAAAAAUCGAACCCUCGGGUAAAUCGGAUCCAAAGGAUCUGACUUUUUUUCAAGCUAAAUGAUAUCGCCUGCCCGUUUCUGGAAAGUUUCUCGUUUCAGCCUCAGCAGCAGCUGCCGUUGAGCUCGCCUGCGCAGCAGCCGCUUUCCACACAGCAUCGGGGGUCCGGUGAGAGGGCUUUUGGAUGUCAGAUACUUUACUCAGAUGUCCAAUCAGGUUAAAUUAAGUGGUGAUGCAAGGGCCCGGCUGGUGUCCUUUUGGCUCCAGGGAUUCAGAUUUCCCUCUCUUCUGCCUCUGUAGGGGAAAAUCUUGCUCGGGGAAAUUCAAAUUCCUUGGGACGAACGAAGACGAAGAUGGAGAAUGGUGCCCCGUCCCUCCUCCCUCAUUUCAAUGAUGUCACUUCCUCUUUCGUCAAGGCUUCUAGAAAUGAAGGUGUUGAUGUGUCCUCUGAUGCGAUCCUUUCCUUCGUCGAUUUCCUGGACUCAGUCUCCGACGCCGCACUUGCUGCGCCAGAUGACAUGGGGUCAGCAACACGUGCCUUGGAGGUCGUCAAAGCCACUCAUGAACUCAUCAAUGGCUUGAACGAGGAAGUUGUGGAUGCUUUGUCAUUGGACCUGCCAAAAGCGAUCGUGAAGUUUGUCGGGGUUUCUGAAGAGUGCAGCAUGAUCGUGGACCAGAUUAUUGAUUCCCUUUGUGAGAAGUGCAACCCAAGGGAUAUGCUCUCGAUUUUCUGUGAGGCACUUGACUUCUUUAAAUCUUGUGGUACUGCCAAACCAUAUGUUCCUCUUUUUCGUGGAAUCUCUCAUGUAUUCCUUUGUACAAGAAGACGCCAUUUUGAACAAAUAAAAACAGCAGUUCCAAUGGUUCUUAAUGUUCUAGAAUCUGCAUCCUCAGAACUGUCAGAAGAAGAUGAUGGCUAUCUGCAUUCUCUGUUUGAGAGAGGGACUGCUAUUGCUUCUUCCAUACAAGAAGUGUGUGGAAAAUUGGUGGGAAAUGACAAAUGGCGACUUAAUGCAUUGCUUGGUGCUUACAUCCUACAAGUCAUGGCCCUUGUCUCUAAGGUAGCUGGUUUUGGUGCUGCUUCAAGUAGAUUGAUCUACAUUUGCCAGUUGUCCAGGUUCCUGCUGUUUUGUGGGUUUUCAUAUCUUAAUUUAGUAACUGGAGAUGAUGUUGAUGCUGUUAUUAGUCGGUUAGUUGGGGAGGAUAGUGAUCAUUUGUUGGCUUGUUUUCCAUCUAUGAAACAUGGAGCAUCUCUAGCUGUUCUGUGGGGUUAUGUCUCGGAUGAGGUUGCCAAGCAUGCUGGUGAAGAGUUCAGCAGCGUCUUACUCAAGCUGCAAAAUGACCGGAAUAAAAGAUAUAAGGCCAUAUGCUUUUUGAAGCAUUUACUUUCCUCUGCUGGUUAUUCUUGGGAGUUAAAGGGACACUGUAUUGACUUUGUGCUGAACAUAACUGAUGAUAGAUUAUGUCAAAAUUUGGAUGCUGAAAAUUAUGAUUGUUCUUCAUGCUUCUCUGACAUGCUUGGCACGCUGCAGGCUGUUGAACUAGUCAUUGUCUACGCUUCAGAUGCUACAAUUCGGAAAAAAGCUUUUUCAGUUUUAAAGAGAGUACUGGCUGAUCUACCUUCUGGACAAAGAUUUGAUAUUUUACAUGUUCUUAUUGCAAAAAGUAGUUAUCCAUCAAUGACCGCACUUCUCAUAGAUCUUGCAAAAGAGCAUUUUGCGGAAAGCUACAAAAGGUCUAGAGAUGAUGAAACAGACAUGCAAAUUGAGGAGAAAAUUAUCCAGCAAACAUUUGAUGGAUGUCGAAACAUUCUUGACUUGGUAGAGUUAGUUUUGAAGCCUCCAAAGGGAGGUCCUCCUUCCCUUCCAGAAGAUUCUGAUGCGGUUGUAUCAGUACUUAACCUCUACAGAUUUAUCCUUUUACUGGAGUCAUCAGGGAAGACAAACUACAGCUGCAUCUUCCUGAUUAGCAAAUUACAAAAAGCUUACAACGAGUGGUUUCUUCCACUUCGCACUUUGGUCUCAGGAAUUCAAGCAGAAAAUGCAAAAGACAAUAGUGAAAUUGCACAGGGCAUUGAAAGUUCCUUAAAUCUUAUUCAGCUAGUAUUGUGUCAUUGCAUCGAACUUGUUGAACAGUACAUGAGAAACCCAAUAGCCUCCUGUUAACCUUGUAACAUAUUUAUAGAUUAUGCUAUGGUCUCCUGUUAGUAAGUAAAUUAUGUUUUCAAGCUA